AUGGCGAGGAGGCAGAGAUGUGUGCUGCUCGCUGUGGCGGCGCUGGGACUCCUUAUUGUGAAGGGCGCAGUGAAUGCAGAGCUUCAACAGGAGGAGGAGAGGUCUUGUCAAGGCGCUUUCGACCUCUACUUUGUCCUGGACAAAUCGGGCAGUGUGAAACACCACUGGACAGAGAUUUAUUCCUUUGUUGAGCAACUUGCGGAAAAGUUUAUCAGCCCUAUGCUCCGAAUGUCUUUCAUCGUCUUCUCUACUCAUGGAAAGGUCAUCAUGAGUCUGACAGAGAACAGGGAAGCGAUCACAGGAGGCCUAAUGGCGCUGAAGAAAGUGCAAACUGGUGGAGACACAUACAUGAACCUUGGACUGGAGAUGGCUAAUUCACAAAUUCAUCAAGAAAAGCAAGGUACAGCCAGUGUAAUAAUUGCUCUGACAGAUGGGGAGUUGAAUGAGUGGCAGUUUGACACAGCACAGAGAGAGGCUCAAAAGGCCAGAAAAAUGGGCGCCAUAGUCUAUUGUGUUGGAGUGAAAGACUUCAACCAGACGCAGCUUGCAACAAUAGCAGAUACCAUGGAACAUGUGUUUCCUGUGUGGGGAGGCUUCCAGGCCCUCCGGGGAAUCAUCGACUCGAUCAUAAAGAAGUCCUGUAUUGAAAUCUUAGCCGCAGAUCCAUCUAGCGUGUGUGCAGGAGAGCGUUUCCAGGUUGUGGUGCGUGGGAAUGGUUUUCUCCAUGCCAGAAACAUCAACCAAGUCCUCUGCAGUUUUAAACUGAACGAGACACAUACAGUUGACGAGAGACCAGCUGAAAUAGAAGAUACUUUCCUUCUCUGUCCUGCUCCUGUGGUGGAUGAAGUUGGAAAGGUCAUAUUCUUACAGGUGAGCAUGAAUGAAGGUCUCAGCUACAUCACCAGCUCUGUGCAUAUCACUACCACCGAAUGUUUUGACGGGACGAUUGUGCUGAUCUCCCUCCUGGUGGUGUUUUUGAUGUUGGCGCUGCUGCUGAUGUGGUGGUUCUGGCCCCUUUGUUGCACUGUGGUCAUAAAAGAACCUCCGCCGCCUCCUCCACCAGAGCCGGAAUCAGAUGACGAAGAUGGGAUGCCUAAGAAGAAGUGGCCCACUGUGGAUGCGUCCUAUUACGGCGGAAGGGGUGUUGGAGGGAUAAAGCGCAUGGAGGUGCGGUGGGGGGAGAAGGGGUCUACAGAAGAAGGCGCCAAACUCGACAAACCCAAAAAUGCAGUUGUAAAGAUGCCAGAACAAGAAUUUGAACCAUAUGAGCCCAAACCAAGGAAGCCUUCCCGCCGCGCCCUGCAGCAGAGGCGCUGGUACACUCCCAUUCAGGGGAAGCUGGAUGCUCUCUUAGCUCUGUUCAAGAGAGGAUACAACCAGGUUUCACUGAUGAGACCGCUGCCUGGAGACGAGGGUCGCUGUAUAAGUUUCCAGCGUGCGAAAGACCCAGGCUCCAGUUCGAACCAGAGGACCCCCUCGGCUCAUCCCUCUCUCCCUCCGUCCGCUCCAUCCAUUGAGCAGCGCCCCCUGGUGUCCAACUCUGUCCCUCGUACAAAGCCUCCGUCCAGAGGUCCUCGCACCACGCCCCCAGCUCACAGCGCAGCCCCCCCUCGUACCACGCCCCCCGCCCGCGUGCCUCCCCCAGGGCCCCCUCCUGCACGAGCCCCUCCAGGACCGCCCGGACCCCCACCGUCCCGGCCCCCACCUCGACUCUGA